AAAGUUAGUUUAUUUUUUUCCUAAGAAAAUGUUAAAAACUUGUAUUCUAUCCACUACUUCUACCAAUUUCACUAAUAUAACUUGUGGCGAAAUUGUAUGCCAAACUGAAACUUCAUUUAUAAUCAUUUGUAAAUUGUGUGAUAUUAAAGUAUUUGAUUAUGAAGAAUUUAUUAAACAUUUUCGUCGGACGCAUUGGCCAGAAAAUUGUAAAGAUAAUAAUUACAAUAGUGAAUGGAAAAAUAAUAUUAAAAGUGAAAAUGAAACAGAUGAAGAAUUUCUAAGUAAUGACUGCAAUAAGAGGUAUCUAGCAAAUGAGCUCGUUGUUAAACAAACGUCUGAAGGCGGCCAAGACAUUGAUAGUGAAAAGGAAGAAGAGAAUGGGAAUUCAAGUGAGGAUUCAGAGGAUUUCUCAAAGUCUUUGGUAAUUUUGAAAAAGGCCAGAGACAAAUCUUCCAAGACCCCUAAAAAGAAACUUUUCGAAUGUACACAAUGCAAACGAAAGUUUAAUACAAAUUUCUAUUUACGUAUUCACGUACGACAAGAGCAUGAACCAAUAAGCUUUCAAUGUGAUAAAUGCAGCAAAUCCUUUGUGGAAAAACGUUAUUUAAAAUUACACCAGCGUUCCCAUAUAGGUUACACUUGCCAGAUUUGCAAUAAAGUCUUUGAUAAAUAUGAAGCCCUACGCUAUCAUAGUGAAAGCCAUAUAGAAUCGAGAAAUUUCAUUUGUGACUAUGAAAAGUGUGGUAAGGCAUUUCCUAACAAUCGUCGACUAAGUGCUCAUAAACGUUGCCAUUUUGCUGUGGCACCGUUUGUUUGUGAGAUUUGUGGUUCACGCCAGCGUAGUAAAGAGUUUUUAAUCGUUCAUAUACGCACGCAUACAGGGGAAAAGCCCUAUGCUUGCAGUCAAUGCGAUCGUCGUUUUGCCUCCAAACAUUUUCUACAAGAUCAUCAAGCUGUACAUGCUACAGAACGUACUCAUGUGUGUACGGUUUGUGGUAAGGCUUUUGCCAGCAGUAAAUCUCUCUAUCAUCAUCGUGAUCUGCAUUUGGGCAUAAAGAAAUAUGUGUGUAAAAUAUGCAAUAGUGCAUACACACAGUCGGCUGGACUGUCGGCCCAUAUGCGUAAACAUAAACAGGAUAGCGGUCUAUUAGAUGUUGAGCAAACAACAUCUAACAAUUGAUAAUAGAAAUAUUAGAAAGAAAAUAACAUUUUAUA